CCCCCACCACUAUCAAAACUCGCCGAUUAAUUCAUUGAAAUCGUCGAUUCGAAAACUCCGAUUAAUCUUCAUCAAUGGAUCCACCACGGCGGAAGGGAACUCGUAUGAAAGAAACUAAUCGAAAACCCAAUGAGUAUAACCCUGGAAUUGCAAGUUUGGUUCAAAAGAAAGUGAAGAAAAAAACCGUCGAAGAAGUAGAAUUCGCAGCCGCUGAAACACGAGAAAUGGUGCGCUUAAGAAAGUUGGAAAAAGCAAAGAAGAAAGAUAUGAAAGCUCUUAGUCCUCCUUCAAGACCUCCUCGUGUUGGUGAAAAACUCUUGACUUUAACACAUCGAGGGGCAUACGUUGUGCCGGGAACGACAAAGAUCUGUAUAACGAAUGAUUCUGAACCACCAUCUGAACCCAGUUCACAAGCAUGCCGUCCGUCUCAUGAGGCACCAAGCUUCGUGUUCAGUGACUAA